UUCCCUUGUAGAUUAUUGCCGUGCAUCCGCAUUUUCUGAGAUCCAGCUGCAAGCAGUUUGUUACCGGAGGGAAGAAGUUACUGCUGUUUGAACGGUCCUGGAUGAGCAGAUGGAAGUCUUCCGUCCUGCACGAAGGGGAGGGGCACAUAAGGAGCGUGAAGUGGAGGGGCCAUCUGAUUGCCUGGGCCAAUAACAUGGGUGUGAAGAUUUUUGACAUCACCUCAAGGCAAAGAAUCACCAAUGUGCCCCGGGAUGACAUAAGUCUUCGCCCAGAUAUGUAUCCCUGCAGCCUCUGCUGGAAGGACAGCGUAACACUCAUCAUCGGCUGGGGAACAUCUGUCAAGAUAUGCUCAGUGAAGGAGCGGCACGCCAGUGAGAUGAGGGAUUUGCCAAGUCGAUAUGUGGAAAUAGUGUCCCAGUUUGAGGCUGAAUUCUACAUCAGUGGACUCGCACCUCUCUGUGAUCAGCUUGUUGUGCUUUCCUACGUAAAGGAGGUUUCAGAAAAAACGGAAAGAGAAUACUGUGCCAGGCCCAGACUGGAUAUUAUCCAGCCGCUUUCUGAGACUUGUGAAGAGAUCUCUUCUGAUGCUCUGACAGUGAGAGGCUUUCAGGAAAAUGAAUGUAGAGAUUAUCACCUAGAGUACUCGGAAGGGGAUUCACUCUUUUACAUCGUGAGUCCAAGAGAUGUCGUAGUAGCCAAGGAACGGGACCAAGAUGACCAUAUCGACUGGCUUCUUGAAAAGAAGAAAUAUGAAGAAGCUUUGAUGGCAGCUGAAAUUAGCCAAAAGAACAUUAAAAGACAUAAGAUUCUGGACAUUGGAUUGGCAUAUAUAAACCACCUGGUGGAGAAAGGAGAGUAUGACAUAGCAGCACGCAAGUGCCAGAAAAUUCUUGGGAAAAAUGCAGCACUCUGGGAAUAUGAAGUUUAUAAAUUUAAAGAAAUUGGGCAGCUUAAGGCUAUUAGUCCUUAUUUGCCAAGAGGGGAUCCAGUUCUGAAGCCACUCAUCUAUGAAAUGAUCUUACAUGAAUUUUUGGAAAGUGAUUAUGAGGGUUUUGCCACUCUGAUCCGAGAAUGGCCCGGAGAUCUGUACAACAACUCAGUGAUCGUUCAAGCAGUGCGGGAUCACCUGAAGAAGGACAGUCAGAACAGAACCCUGCUUCAGACCCUCGCAGAACUGUACACUUAUGACAAAAACUACGGCAAUGCUCUGGAAAUAUACUUAACAUUAAGACAUAAGGAUGUCUUCCAGCUGAUCCACAAGCAUAACCUUUUCAGUUCUAUCAAGGAUAAAAUUGUGUUAUUAAUGGAUUUUGAUUCCGAGAAAGCUGUUGACAUGCUUUUGGACAAUGAAGAUAAAAUUUCAAUUAAAAAGGUAGUGGAAGAAUUAGAAGACAGACCAGAGCUGCAGCACAUGUAUCUGCAUAAGCUUUUCAAGAGAGACCAUCAUAAGGGGCAGCGCUACCAUGAAAAACAGAUCAGUCUGUAUGCUGAAUACGAUCGGCCAAACUUACUUCCGUUCCUCCGAGACAGCACCCACUGCCCACUUGAAAAGGCGCUUGAGAUCUGUCAACAGAGAAACUUCGUAGAAGAGACAGUUUAUCUCCUGAGCAGAAUGGGUAAUAGCCGAAGCGCCCUGAAGAUGAUCAUGGAGGAAUUACAUGAUGUCGACAAAGCCAUUGAGUUUGCCAAGGAGCAGGACGAUGGCGAGCUAUGGGAGGAUCUGAUUCUGUAUUCCAUCGACAAGCCACCGUUUAUUACUGGCUUGUUAAACAACAUUGGCACACAUGUCGACCCAAUUCUACUGAUUCACCGUAUUAAGGAAGGAAUGGAGAUUCCCAAUUUGAGAGAUUCCUUGGUUAAAAUUCUGCAAGACUACAAUUUGCAAAUUCUGCUUCGUGAAGGCUGCAAGAAGAUUCUUGUAGCUGACUCUCUGUCUUUACUGAAGAAAAUGCAUCGGACUCAAAUGAAAGGCAUUCUGGUUGAUGAGGAGAACAUCUGUGAAUCGUGCCUUUCCCCUAUUCUUCCAUCAGGUGAGGCGGUGAGACGGGGGAAAGAACUCCCCAAAUAUUUGUUAAUCAUGAGUGGAAUUAAAAAUUUGAAGUUAGCUAGGUAUUAUUUAUAAAAUUAUGUAACUUUU